GCCCUAGAGUUCUUGCAAUGAAAUCAGCCGUCCCAAAAAAGAGUAUAUUUAUGCUCCCUUUGAACCCUUUAAAACAGAGAAACCUAAUUGUUGCUGCCAAGGCGAUCAUCCUUCUUUGGCGGGAAACAGUCUUCCUUGGAAAGCCCAAUGCUCCGAACAAUCAUUUUUGUUAUUCAUGCCUGAUUGGUCAAUUGUAUUUGUGCUGAGUGCUAUUGUUGCCCGAGAGCAUCCCGUGAUCUUUAAUGCUCCAUGGCCGGGAGAGCCUCAUAAGGCUCAUCGGUAAGCGCCGCCGGGCCUACUCUUCUCUGCUCGCUCGCAGCUUACGCUCUAAGGAUGGUUCUGAUUAUGGAGAUGCGAUGUGCGUUAACUCUGAGGACGAUCCGGUAACCAAUGAUGGUGUUGAAGUUGGAAAUACCAGGAAGCGAGGAAGUGAGGCCUGUGUUGAGUGGGUCUGCUGCCCGGUAUGCGCUGUCUCGGUACGAGGAGAUGAUUUUACGGUUAAUUCUCAUCUUGCAAUGUUUUUCAGAUGCAUGCCUUGCAAAUGGGAAAAAAAAGAAGUUGAGUCAACGCACUCUUUUGCAAGUAAACUUCCUUUCGAAGUCAAGACAAGAAACAUGCUUGAUUGAAGCAAACAGUCCUAAUAUGGAUAAAUGUGAAAAAGAACUUUCUGAGGAGAAACAACUUGAAUUUGGCAGUCAGACUUCCAUUCUAGAAGUACUGGAUGAAGAUGCUGUUAAAAGAAAGGCAGCAGAUCCACAUAUUCCAUCAACAUUCCCUUCAAUUAUCAGGUCACCUAGGAGUGAUUCAUGUGAAGAUGUAGAUACUAAAUAUGUUCAUACUCUUGAGACUUUAAUAGUAGGCCGAAGGUUUCAUAAAAAAAUUGAGUUGCAACCUGGUGGAAGAGUUUAUGUCGUAAGAGAGUGCCAAAAUGUUAAGGAUGAUAAUGCUAUACAGGUGUUAAGUGACCAUCAAGGAUUCAGAUGUUCUCUUGGAUAUUUACCACGAAAGCUGGCUAAGUAUUUGUCUCCUCUAAUUGAUUAUCAUCAUCUAAAAUGUGAGGGAUCAAUAUUGUCUCUCCCUGAGCAUCCCUUGCAUGAUGUUCCUAUUAAAUUAUUUUGCAAGAAAGUGGUACGAGAUGGUGAUAUCAUUUCUGGCUACCAAAAGGAUUUUGAGUUACUAUGGGAGAAAGUUCUCUUUGCAAAUGAAUCUGCUAAAUCACAACCCAUCAGCAUUGAAAAGUAUCAACAAAAUUUUCGUCUAAUGCUGGAAGAUGUUUUGGAUAACCAUUCUCAUCUUUUCACGAAUGAAGAAAAAUGUUUUAUAGGAUCUUUUUCUUCAUUAUCUGAUGAUGCACAAAGGCUUCUUGUUCGAUUAUAUACUCGAAAAGGACCAUGGUUUCGAUUAUCUAAUAUUUCCUACAAGGAGAUUUCAGAUUUAAAUGCAGCAAUACAUGAAUUGCAGAUGACUAGUUACCUCUUUUCUCUUGGUUCUGGGGUCCAGUCAUUUAAAUACAAUAUGAAAGAGGUUCUGGAUGUGUUGACAGUUUCUGAACUGCAACAAAUUUCACAUCAAUGGCUAUCCAAGAAAGGCAUGCAUCAUCGGCGCAAGAAAGAGAUCAUAGAAUUUAUUUUAUCUGCUAGCAAAAAUGGAUCAUGCAGCGCAGUUCUUCAAAAAAUGGUUCUAGAGCAUGCAGGCAAAUGUGUGAUGAUUUCUUCUGCUGUUGAUGCAAUUCUUUGGCGCGUUCAGAGGCUCUUUUUUCUCAAUAGUGAACAAGAUCUUUCGGCUUUCUUGUUGGUUGAUAUGGGGCUGAUAAAAUUUCCAGAGUUUACCUGCACCAUUACACAACCAAUAUUUAAGUGUCGAGCUGAUCUCCUUGAAUACGAAGAGGCUAUUGAGGUGGCUCAAAUAAUGGAUGAAUCAAUUGAUCAAAGCGACAUGGAAAUGUCAAGGCGAUGUAUUGAAUUAUCUGAUAAUCAGAUGCUCGCUAAUUUCAGUGAGGAAAUCAUGUCUCCUGUUUCUGGAACUCAGCUGCGGUUCUUCCAUUAUUUCUCAGCUUGGUGGGUUUACUCAAAACUGCUCACUCUGGGUGUUUCUUUGUAUGAACGUGAACAUAGGUAUGAUGAUGCUACAAGGCUUUUGAGGCAACUGUUAAAGAGAACUAUAUGUGACAGCAGGCGUGGAUAUUGGACCCUGAGGCUCUCUGUUGACUUGGAACAUCUGGGCUACUUCAAUGAAAGCCUAUGUGUGGCUGAAAAAGGGGUGGGAGAUCCUUGCAUUCGUGCUGGUUCUAAAAUGGCAUUACAAAGACGAGUCUUACGAUUAGGGAGGCCGCCACGGCGAUGGAAAAUGCCCAGCUAUGCUGAUACUGCUAUGCAGAAAAUUAAAGAAGUUAAAAUCGUAGGAAGGCCUCUGAAUAAUGAAACUGGGUUAAAGAGUCUAUUCUAUGGCUGUGAUGAUGAACUAUGUGAAGUUGAGCAACUUGCCCUACAGUACUAUGCUGAGGAAGGGGGUGGAUGGCUUGGCAUCCACUCUGAAAGUGGCAUUUGGAUGACUAUCUUUGGACUGCUCAUGUGGGAUGUCAUUUUUUCUGAUGUGCCAAAUGUCUUUCAAUCAAUGUUUCAGGUAGCUCCACUAGACCUCCUCACAGAUGAUUUCUAUGUGAUGAGAAAGAGUUCAAUAGAGUCUCUCCUUCAGAAGAUCUAUGAAGGCAUGGCUGAGGAGAUGUUGAUCACUUCAUGGCAACUGAACAAGGGAACAGCUUGCCACGGUGUCAACUGGGAUAGAUUUCCCCUCUCUGACUUGCGCGCUGCAGUUUCCUGCGUCGGAGGCCGUUGUCUCGCUUCGCUUUGCAGGCAUCUUGCAAUGGAUUACAAGAGUUGGUCGAGUGGCAUGCCAGACCUCUUGCUUUGGCGCUUUCGUGGAGGAGAUAUGGAUGGAGGUGAAGCCAAGCUGGUCGAGGUGAAAGGUCCUAGAGAUAGACUUUCUGAACAACAGAGGGCGUGGAUUCUAACACUCAUGGAAUGUGGCUUCGACGCAGAGGUGUGCAAAGUUAGUCCUCCUCCUAAAUCAUAAUGAUGCCUCCUCAAGUCUUCUCCUGUUGGUAUUUUAUUGUUCAUUCAAUUUCUUUUUUUGGAUUUAAUUUCAUUUUAGGUUUUUACAUUGAUUGCCAUGCUGAUGGCAUUUGGUUUAUUUUUUAGAACAGCUUCUAAUCAAAUUUUAUUAACUGUUUUAAUGGGAUUUUUUUUUCUUUUUAAUAUGGGGACUGCUGAGUUGUAUUCUUGUGAUCGGUUAAGUAAUUGUGGGCUUCUUGAUGCUUGAGUUGAGACGUU